CACAUAGCUCCCGGCAUUGUAACGAGGAGGAGCAGUAACCCAAAGCCAGGUAUGUCUCUACCAUCAGGAUAGGAUGCUGUAGUUUUCACCACAGAACCUGCUGACUGUUGUGGCGUGGCCUUCAAAGGUCAGAGUGAUGCUCCUGGCGGCUCUGCUGUGAUCUGUGUUGCUGUUGUUUCCACAGAAACGAGACAACGGUGGGCAGAAAGCAGUCAAGUCGCAAAAAGAUGCCAUCGACGUCACCCACUCACAGUGACAGCAGCGGCUCCUCUAAGCACGACAGUAACCAGGGCCGUUCUAUAGAGAUGUGUAUAUAAAGGUGGACAGCUUGACAGCUCCCCAAAAGUGAAGCCAGAACAUCUCGAUCGCCUCCUGGUUGGCUGCUGGCUGCAGUAUAGGACAGUUGGGAGAUUGUAGAGGGGCUCAGGGGGGCUCCCGCCAGCAUGCAGGAGCCUGACAGACAGGAGGGCUUUCUGCUCAAGAGGAGGAAGUGGCCCAUGAAGGGGUGGCAUAAGAGAUUCUUUGUGUUGGAGAAAGGCAUCUUGAAGUAUGCAAAGCGUGGAACUGAUCUGAAGAAGGGAAAGCUCCAUGGCUGCAUUGAUGUUGGCCUCUCUGUCAUGUCAAUCAAGAAAAAAGCCAUGUGCAUCGACUUGGACACAGAGAAUAACAUCUAUCACUUAAAGGUGAAGUCUCCGGAGCUGUUUGAGGAGUGGGUGUCAAAGCUGCGUCAUCACCGCGUAUUUCGGCAGAACGAGAUUGCCAUGUAUCCCCAUGAGAGGCACCUCUUCCACCCCCACGCCUCAUCCUCUCCCUCCCUCAAUGACUCCCUAAGAAAAAGGGCUACUCUCACUAAGCAGGCGUCAGUCCACCAGGCUAAGGUCAGUUCUUGGCUCCAUUCCUCAGAGGACAUGAACAACUGCGGCAAAGACUUGGAGCAAUGUGAAUCGUACCUGCUCGAACUUAACCUGCUGCUGAAGAGCAUGGAGGUCCUCCAUCGCACAUACUCAGCCCCAGCCAUUAGUGCACUACAAGCGUCUAAUUACGACAUGCCCAAAAAAGAGAAGAGGCCAAGGAGAUGGCGAUCCAAAAACAAUGGCAAAGAAACCAAAGCCACGCUACAGGUCCCAAGCUGCAUCUCCUCCCAAUCCCCCCGUCUCCACGCCUCCAACCCCAAUCUGUCCACCGCUGAGUCAAACACCCAGGAGGUCUGUCCUGAAUCCCCGGACUCGCCUACAGACGCGUCCCGUCUACAGGAGGACUUCUGCAGGCUGGCCAACAACAUCCACACCACACUGAAAUCAGCCUUUAGUUCCCUAGUGGCAGAAAAAGACAGACUGAGGCACACCAUCGACAUGCAGGCGCCACAACCAGCGCAGGUUAUGGGUUUGAAGAGCGCCUAUGCCUCAGAAUGUCCAGGUGGCUCCCACUCCUUGGUCCACCAGGUGUCCAAUGAGAGCAAAGCUUCUAUCCCAGAGUCCGUAUCAGAGUUUUUCGAUGCUCAGGAGUACCUCCUCUCCUCUUCCUCUUCUGAGAAUGAGGUGUCCGACGAUGACUCGUACAUCAGUGAUGUCAGUGACAGCGUCUCCAUGGAUACCUACAGCAACGAGGGAGGCAGUGAGAGACACAACUCUGUUAGCAGCGUGGCGACCCUGGCUCAUCGGCGCUCCGUGUUGCCCUCUACCAGCCCCACCAGCAGCGUGAGCCUGUGGAACAUCCUGAGGAACAACAUCGGCAAGGACCUGUCCAAGGUGGCCAUGCCAGUACAGCUCAAUGAGCCACUCAACACCCUGCAGAGGCUGUGUGAGGAGCUGGAGUACAGUGAGCUGCUGGACACCGCCAACCAGACCCAUGACCCUUACCAGCGCAUGGUGUAUGUCGCUACAUUUGCAAUAUCUGCAUAUGCGUCCACCUACCAUCGAGCAGGAAGUAAACCCUUUAACCCUGUCCUGGGAGAGACAUACGAGUGUGACAGACCUGAUAAAAGCUUCAAGUUUAUAGCUGAACAGGUGAGUCAUCACCCACCUGUGUCAGCAUGUCACUCUGAUUCAAGGAACUUCACCUUUUGGCAAGAUGUCCGAUGGAAAAAUAAAUUCUGGGGCAAAUCCAUGGAAAUUGUUCCCAUGGGAACUACCCAUGUCACACUACCUGCGUUUGGGGACCACUACGAAUGGAACAAAGUGACGUCCUGCAUCCAUAACAUCCUGAGCGGCCAGCGCUGGAUCGAACACUACGGCGAGAUGUCCAUCAAAAAUAUCAACAGUGAUGGCUGCCAGUGUAAAAUCACAUUUGUCAAGGCCAGAUCAUGGAGCUCUACAGUGAACGAGAUAGAGGGAGUGGUUACAGAUUCCAAAGGAAAAGUUGUACACUCCAUCUUUGGAAAAUGGCACGAGUCGGUUUUUCAAGGAGACCCACCUUCUGCCACGUGUAUCUGGAGAGCAAACCCCAUGCCAGUGGACCACGACCAGUACUAUGGCUUCACCCAGUUGGCGGUAGAGUUAAAUGAGCUGGACUCCACCCUGAGACCUCUGCUGCCCCCCACAGACACACGCUUCAGGCCGGACCAGAGGCUGUUGGAGGAGGGGAACACAGAAGGAGCAGAGGAGCAGAAACAGAGGAUAGAGCAACUCCAGAGGGAGAGGAGGAAAGUGCUGCAGGACAACAGCAUGACACACCAGCCACGCUUUUUCAAGAAGUCUAACGAUGACACGUGGGUGAGCAACAACACGUACUGGGAGCUGCGCAGAGACCCUGGCUUCAGUAAAAUGGACUUCCCUGUUUUGUGGUGAUCUCCGGAUUUAACCAAAACUCUCCACUACAACUAAGAGGGAAGUAUAAAACUGAACUGAGACCAGCCUCCAAGUGUCCUGACCUGGUUGACAUGAAUGGCUCCAUGUCAUGGUAACCCAAACCUAUACGGACUUCCUGCUUCCUCUUUCAGGACUGAGCAGAGCCUGUAGAACGUCUGUUGGUUUUGUUUCUCUUGUUUAUUACCUUUCUCCUUAAAGGAACACGCCGACUUAUUGGGAAUUUAGCUUAUUCACCGUAACCCCCAGAGUUAGACAAGUCCAUACAUACCCUUCUCAUCUCCGUGCG